UCUGACUUGGGUGGGCACAAAUAUCUUCAUGCGCAGUUUUUUAGUAGAAGUAUUAUUCAAGUCAAAUUUUAUAAUGUUUACAUUAUGUAUUAUAGAACAUAUUUGUGUACUUUUGAAUAAAUGCAAUAUUGAAAAUAAUAUUCUGCCUCCAGUGUUGAUGUUAGUUAUAAAUGUACUUAGAUAUGUGUACUAGCCACUUUGGGACUUGGGGCACCCAUCUUACAAUAUUAUAAUAUUGCAGUAUGGGGAUAGAGCAGAAAAUAAAAGCAUUCAGUCAUCUCUAUCAUUAGAAGAAAAAUAUAUAUAUUGCUCUUAGAGCAUUUCCAGUUUCAGACUCAUCAAAAAUUCCCAAGCUGGAAUAGUUCGUUCGGCUCUUCUCUUUAUGAUGGCUUCAUUCACUUGCCUCUAGCUGCUCUGCUGUGGAAACCUACGUUAUACUGUCCUGAAGGAGAAUUGUCAUCUUGGGGCGAGAACAAGCAAAUGGGACAUCUCUGGGUUUAGCGUGACCUUAUAGGAUGGGGUUGAGCCUGAUGGUAUCUAAAGGACAUUUCAAAAAGUUGAGAUUCUUCUGUCAUUCUCCAAGUCUUCAGAAGCAGAUUUCCUCCUUUUUUGGUCACUUUCACAAUGGGUUGUGCUGAUUCACCUAGCUGCCAGUGCCUUGAAGUGCGGACAGGCAUCUCCAGCUGAAUGGCAAAGCCCAGGAUUCUCUUGACCCGAGCAGUAGCCAGUAAGGACCUACUCCUCUCCACCUCUGCUCAUCAGCCCCCUUCUGUUCCUGAUCUCCUUACGGAGCCUUGUGGACCCUUUUUUUCUUUUUCACAGACUCCCCAUCUGUAACCGCAGUUUGUACUUACUUACCCUUGUUAAUGAAACCCUUGCUUUGUGAGAGUCACAUGUUGUACUUAAUAUAAAGAGUUAACUAGUAACAGGUAGUUAGCUACUAGAGGGAGAAAAAGGACAAUGGGAAGGAAUGAAGGAAACAGCUUUUACCUCUGGGCUGAUGGGGGGAGAAGAGCGAUGAAGUAAGCAGUUUCAGUUCUUUCAGCAGAAGGCUUGGCUGAUGAGGACGUCUUAGGACUUGAGUGGUGGAGAACUUUGCCAGAAGGAGUGUGUGAGCUGGAGCUGCUCUCACAGAGCAGCCCUUGGAAUGGCUGAGAAAAUCCACGGUAGCUGAGUGUCCUCUAUCUCCAGAAUGAGUUUCAGGAGGCAGAUUCAAGGCUGCAUCUUCCCUGCAUCCUGCUCUGAGACCUUCCAUCUAAAAGUGACUUCUCUCGAGUUCCUGAAGCAUUUUCUCUGCCUCUCUGCCAUCUACUGCUCUGGCCUUGUCUCAGUGUUCACGUGCGCUUCGAUUUUCUCCUUGCCAGCGAGCUCCCAUUUCCCCCUGGACCUCACCUGGUGGGCAGCACAGAGCCCAGGACCCUGGAGGCCCUGUGCGAGCACGUUCUGUACAGGAAUUCCAUGAGAGUCACGUGUUAUACUUAAUAUAAAGAGUUAACUAGUAACAGGUAGUUAGAUACUAGAGGGGGAAGAAGGACAAUGUUCUGUACAGGAAUUCCAUGGCAUCCCAAGGUCCGUGAAGGAGGCAGGAUGCGACAAGGACUCUUAGAGACACCCCUCUCGGAGGCAGUAGGGACAAAGUGUAACAUGCAGCUUUCAGAGUCAGAUACUCUUGGUUCAGGUCCAGCUCCACCUUUCACUAGCUCUGUGCCAUUGGGGGAGUUUCUUAACCCCUCUGAGCCUCCUUUUUCUUGAUGUAAACUGGGGACUUGCAUAGGUGACCAUGAGGAUUAAGCAAAAUAGACUAAUAGGCCCUGGGAUCCUGUGAUUGCAUGGUAAAUUGCUGGUCUGAACCGCUUGUCUCCUGAUCACCAAUCCAGGGUUCUUUGCCCUCUGGAAGUCCCCCUCCCAGGAGAGUGACCACAGAGCUCUUACACCAGUGACGGUGGCUCAGGGAGCUAGGGGGUCACAUCCAUAGGACACAAGGGGAUGGCUUUAGUAAGGGUAGCAUGGGGGUUUGUGGACACAGCUGAGGGUGAGCAGCCCUUAGUAAUCAGAAGGAUCCCCACCCUGUACACCUGCCCCUUGCUCACUCUCACACCAGGACACCCAGUCCCCAUCUGGUACGUGGCCAGCUGCAGAGGCCUCUGAGCUGACAGGAACUGAGUUGAGUGGUGCCAGGUACCUUGGUGAGUGUCCAAGCUUGUGAGCACAGCUUCCCAGUGUCACAGGUGCUGGCCUUGCCACUGUGGCACUGGUAUGAUGCCAAAUGCCUGAUCUGGGGGCCUGACUGGGAACAGUCCUCCUGGGUCACAGCCCUGCCUGGGAACUCAUGUCCUAGAGCCAAGUAAGGGUUUCUGGGCUGCAGGACAGUCUGAACAACAUGGAAAUUUGAGGGCACCCAGGAAGGGUUUAAAGGUAGAAAUUCAGUCUAUAACUAUCAUUAUUACCUCCACAGAGCUGCUGGGAAAGUCCUUAAAUUGGCCAUCAUUUUCCUGCUUAAAAAAUCCCAUCAAACUUUGAAUAAAAUCCAAAUGUCUCAUCUGACCUAUAAAUACUUCACAAUUGGACAAUUAUUUGCCUCUCCCCACUUUACAGCCCACUUCCCUCCCCUUUACGCACUGGCCUGCCUUCCCUUACUUUGUAGACAUGCCCCACUGAUUCCUGCCUCAGGGCCUUUGCACUUGCCCAUUCUUCUGCCUAAAAUGCUUCUAAGUCCAGAUUACAAAUGAAUGUCUCUUUCUGUUUGCUCAAAUUUCAUCUUUCUCAGUUUCAUGCUAAUACUGCAUUCCCCCUGCAGUCUAUGCCAUCACCCUCUUCCCUUAUAUGUGUAGUACCUCUCACUAUUUGUAAUUUAACAGUUUGUUUGUUGCCUAUCUCCUCCACCUAGUAAGUUCCAUGGGGACACGGACUGUGUUUCUCAUGUUCCGUUCAAAAUCCCCAGACUGUAGAACAGUAACUAACAUAUUUUUUAAUAAAUGAAUGAGUGAAAAGAGGGAAGUCCCAUAGGUUCUUGUGAGCAUGAUUUCCUGAUGUCACAGGUGCUGGCCUUGCCACUACAGCACCCGUGUCACCUUGGACACCAGGAUUCCUUUCUGUCAUCUGUAAAACAGAGUGCCUAGGAGACUUUAGGUCACUUGCUCCAGGCUCUCCAGGCAUAAUGGUUUGAAUUCCUGGAAGUUGAACCUGGACUUGUACUUUCUUUUUCCUCCCUGUCCUGGGCCACCUCCUUCUGCCCCUCAGUCUCAGUACCCUGGCCAGCAUCAGAGUGACCUACAUAGUCCCACAUUUUGCCCAGGUGCCACCUCUCUCCCCAGCUGAUCCUUUGACUUUCGUCUUUAGUGAAGAGCAGUGGAGGCUCAAAGUAUCAGUAGUGCUACCCACUCCGUGACCUGCACAAGCAGGAGGGCCAAGGUUUGUUUCCAGGUCGGUGCUAGGAGGAAUUACUUGGUGCUUACUGGGUGCCAUGUGUUGGAGAUCCCCUCUGAAGAGCUUUACUUGGGGAACUUUCUGUCAUCGUUCCAGGAGUGAAUCGGGGAGAGCAAACACUCAGUGUUAGGGGUUGCGGAUAAGAAAUCAAUCACACAGCUGCCCCGUUCUCACACCAAUCUGGCCCUCAUGUGGUCAAAGGGACACACGCCCUGAAGUCUCCAGAAAGCCCUGAAACCAGAUAUAGAGCACUGGAAGGUAUAAAAGCCUGCCCACUCUUCAGGCUGUUCUUCCCCUGACUAUGAUGGAGGCCGUGAGAAGAAGGCUCCUCCUCUUGGCCCUCUUAAUUGUGCCAUGUUGGACGGAGUUGAAUUGGACCAAAUCUGAAGGCAAAUCAAGCUGCCAGGCUAGCUUGGGAGGUUCCAGCCAGUCAGAUGUCCACCGGGCCCUAAUCCUGCAACUCAAUCCCAAUGAGGACUGCACCUGGACACUAGAAAGACCAGAAAACAAGAGCAUCAGAAUCAUCUUUUCCUAUUUCCAGCUUGAUCCCGAUGGAAGAUGUGAAAGUGAAAACAUUAAAGUUUUUGAUGGAAACUCUACCAAGGGCUCUCUGCUGGGGCAAGUCUGCAGUAAACAUGACUACAUUCCUGUUUUUGAAUCAUCAUCCGAUACAUUAACGAUUCAAAUCCUCACUGACUCUGUAAGAAUUCAAAGAAGCGUCUUCAUCUUCUACUACUUCUUCUCUUUUGGCAGCUCUGUUCCAGACUGUGGUGGUUACUUGGACUCCUUGGAAGGCUCUUUUACCAGCCCCAAUUACCCGAACUCGCAUCCUCAGCUGGCCUACUGCGUGUGGCACAUACAAGUGGAGAAAGGUUACAAGAUAAAACUAAACUUCAGAGACAUUUUCUUAGAAGUGGAUGAACACUGCAGAUUUGAUUUCAUUGCUGUCUAUGACGGUCCCUCCACCACCUCUGGCCUACUUGGACAAGUGUGUGGCCGCGUAAGGCCCACCUUUGAAUCCUCAUCAGACUCGUUGACCGUGGUGCUAUCAACAGAUUAUGCCAACUCCUACCGGGGCUUCUCUGCUUCCUACACUUCCAUUUAUGCAGAAAAUAUCAACACUACAUCUUUAACUUGCUCCUCUGACAAGAUGAGAGCUAUCAUAAGUAAAUCCUACCUGGCGUCACUUAAAUACAGAGAGAAUAACUUACACCUGAAUGACCCAACUUGCAGACCGAAAAUCUCAAACGUGGUGGAGUUUUCUUUUCCUCUUGAUGGAUGUGGUACGAUCAAAAAGGUGGAGGAUCACUCGGUCACUUACACCAACAUGAUCACUCUCAUCCCAUCCCCCAUGUCGGAAGUGAUCACCCGCCAGAAGCAUCUCCAGAUCAUUCUCAAGUGUGAAAUGGAAUCGAAUUCUACCGUGGAGAUGAUGUAUAUAACGGAAGAUGACGUAAUACAAAAUCAAAGCGCCCUGGGCAAAUACAACACAAGCAUGGCUCUUUUUGAAUCCAAUUCAUUUGAAAAGCCUAUACUGGAGUCACCAUAUUACGUGGAUUUGAACGAAACUCUUUUUGUGCAAGUCAGUCUGCGCACCUCCGAUCCAAAUUUAGUGGUAUUUCUGGAUACCUGCAUUGCCUCUCCCACACCUGACUUUGCAUCUCCAACCUAUGACCUGAUCAGGAGUGGAUGUAUUCAAGAUGACACUUGUAUGAUGUAUCCAUUAUCUGGACACUAUGGAAGAUUCCAAUUUAACGCCUUUAAAUUCUUGAGAAGUCUGGGCUCCGUAUAUCUCCAGUGUAAGAUUUUGAUAUGUGACAGUGGUGACCAUCAGUCUCGCUGCAACCAAGGCUGUGUCUCUAGAAGGAAAAGAGACAUUUCUUCGUACAAAUGGAAGACUGAUUCUGUCGUAGGACCUAUUCGUCUGAAAAGGGAUCGAAGUGCAAGUGGAAAUCCAGGAUUUCAGGACCAAAUACACAGAGAAAAAACUCAGAGUCAAUCUUUUGACAGUCUGCAUCUGUUUUCAUUCAUGGUCCUUGCUCUGAAUGUUGUGAUGGUGGCCGUGAUCGUAGCAAGGCAUUUUGUGAAUCAGAGAACAGACUAUAAAUAUGAGAAGCUUCAGAAUAUUAACUGACCAGUUCAGCCUUCAGUGAGACCCAUUUUUCCCAAAUGCCAAAGAAAAUGCCCCAUGGCUACAUAUUAUGAAUAAAUUGGAGAGAGCCGCAUAAAAAUGACACAGUUCCUGCUGUCACCGUGGUCAGAGCUUGCUGCCUUGCAGGCGUGGUUGAAAUGAACAAACAUUAUGUCCAUGCUAAGAACGAAAGUCACCAAAAUACCAGAUGAAUUAGAAACGUCCUUUUUCACAAGCAUGGAACAGUAUCUGUCAAUAUUAGGUGAAAAGAAGAAGGUUGUAUUUACUUAAAUCUUUGGCAUUAAAUAUAUUUGUUACCUAGAUGCAAAUAUGCUACCUUUUGAAAUGUAUGCGAGGGUUACAGUUUUUGAAACUAAGUGUGACAGAGAGAC